UGAUGUCAGACACACCUAGCAGCAGAUCACUCAACACAGACAGCAAGAGAGACACAAUCUGACCUAAUCUCCUCAAAAUCCAUCUUCAUCCGUGGACAGUUGAUGCGUAUCCAUAUGAUAAAUAGCGAGAGCACAAAGUACAGACUUAAACCUUUUAAACAAGCUGCGUAUUAUCACAAUAUGAGGUUAGUCGUAUUUUAAAACAAGUGGCGAAAGAUUGUGAACUGACUUCAUCCGGUGACAACAUACUCAUGAUCCAGCCGAUCGCUCCAAGAGGUUUUAUUAAUGUUUUGGAUGUUUUGCCUGCUGUGCUUUUAAACAGGCUUGGGCUGUAAACCUGGACAUUUUGGAUAUUUGGGAGCUAGCGAGCCUGCUUGCUAGCCAAACACAGAUUGCUUAUCAUGGAGUUGAGAGUGGGGAACCGAUAUAGACUGGGCAGGAAAAUAGGAAGUGGAUCAUUUGGGGACAUCUAUCUGGGUACUGAUAUCUCAGUGGGAGAGGAGGUAGCCAUCAAGUUGGAAUGUGUGAAGACCAAACACCCACAGCUCCACAUAGAGAGCAAAAUCUACAAGAUGAUGCAGGGUGGAGUGGGUAUUCCAACAAUAAAGUGGUGUGGGGCCGAGGGUGACUAUAAUGUGAUGGUGAUGGAGCUGCUGGGGCCCAGCCUGGAGGAUCUGUUCAAUUUCUGCUCUCGGAAGUUCAGCCUCAAGACGGUCCUGCUUUUGGCUGACCAGAUGAUCAGCCGCAUUGAAUACAUCCACUCCAAGAACUUCAUCCAUAGAGACGUGAAGCCAGACAAUUUCCUGAUGGGGCUGGGCAAGAAGGGCAACCUGGUUUACAUCAUCGACUUCGGCCUGGCCAAAAAGUACCGCGAUGCCCGCACACACCAGCACAUCCCCUACCGUGAGAACAAGAACCUGACCGGCACCGCCCGCUACGCCUCUAUAAACACACAUCUGGGCAUCGAACAGUCCAGACGGGACGACUUGGAGUCGCUGGGCUAUGUCCUCAUGUACUUCAACCUGGGCUCUCUGCCCUGGCAAGGCCUCAAAGCUGCCACUAAAAGGCAGAAGUAUGAGCGCAUCAGUGAGAAGAAAAUGUCCACGCCCAUUGAGGUCCUCUGCAAAGGCUAUCCAUCGGAGUUUGCCACCUACCUGAACUUCUGCCGCUCUCUGCGGUUCGAUGACAAGCCAGACUACUCGUACCUCCGCCAGCUCUUCAGGAACCUCUUCCAUAGACAGGGCUUCUCCUACGACUACGUCUUUGACUGGAACAUGCUCAAAUUUGGUGCCAACAGAGCAGUGGAGGAUGCAGAGAGGGAGCGUCGGGAGCGGGAGGAGAGGCUGAGGCACAGCAGGAACCCCGGCGCCAGGGGCAUGGCCUCAGCCUCAGGGAGAGCCAGGGCAGCUCAGGACGUCACAGCCCCCUCACCACUCAACCCUGCCUCACACACAGGCCACUGUGUGUGUGCCUGUCCACAGGCCAAGUCCAUGGACGUGUAAAGAGAAUGGCCAAGUCAGCCCACUGCACAAAAGCCCUCCCCGUGAGUUAAUGUCCAAUCACUGUUGUGGCUCUGCCCACUCCUCACACUGUUGUAACUGGAGCCGGGCCCCGCCCCGCCCCGUACCUUGUUCUUUUAUUAAACAAACUAAAUAGCCUUAUGUUAUUUAUCUUAUUUACACAACGGCAUCUCAUUUCUGUCUCUACAUGGUCGCACGUUUGCAAUCCUCCUCUGCUCUCUGUGUCGCGAACGGCAGAGUUCGGCCCUGAUGUAGGGCUGCACCCAAUGAUUAUUUUCAUUGUCGACUAAUCUGUCGAUUAUUUCUUCGAUUAGUCGACUAAUCAUUUUAUCAAAAAAUGUGUUAAAAUGUUGAAAAAUGUUGGUCUGUCUCUCCCAAACCCCCAGAUUUUGUCAUUUAAUGUCUUGUUUCGUUCUCACGCCAAAGGGUUUUAGUACACCGUCAUGGUAGAAUAUGUAAAGCUUGUAGUAUUUGCAGUAUUUUGGGGUACUUUUACAGUACUUUUCUAUGAAAAAUGACUCUGACUCCUUAGUCGACUACUAAAAUAGUCACCGCAGAGUCCUGCACGGGUCCAAUUUUGGAAACCCGCAGUGCAGCGGCAUUGCCUAUAAACAUCUUCCGUUUUGAAUCUUCAUGCACCAGUCCGUACAAGUGCGUUGUGCAUAAAGGAAUAAAGAAAAACAUAGUUAUUACAGCCAGACAGGUUUAGCUACAAGGCCACUACAUUAAACAAAAGCAGUUUAAAGUUAGCAGGAAAAAAAAAAGCAGGAAAAACGUCUGCUAAAUCAUCAGCUCCUGGACGGGGUCUCUUCUCUGGUGGUGCAGCGGCAGCCGCAGCCUGCGUCCGCGGGCCCGAGGGGCUUCCAUGGUUGUGUUCUUCAAAAUAAUAAAAAACGAAAAUGAAGAAAAAUAAAUAAUAAGAUCAGUGCUAUUUUAAGAGGCACACAAAGUAGAUUCAAACAGUUGAAGUGUCAUGUUGAACGCCAAAACACACAUUUAGUGAGCCAAGUUAUUACUGUAGCUUUUUAAAGUCGUAUUUUAUUACAGUUAUUCUUACCAACAAGACGUCGUGCUUCGGCAUGAAUUCAAAUAAACACAAGAAGUUUGUACUCUAGAAAAGGAUCAGCACUCAGUGAAUAACCUCCUAAGCCCUAUGAUAAGCUAUUAUGGCAAGGCUUAGCUAUACAGACCAGUGAGGAGUGAUAACUAACGUGUCUUUGGGGUCAUCGGGUGGGAACCUCCUUUCACCAGUGUUUCGUCUAGUUGGUCCCACAACACCUCCAGGAGGCUAGACAGUGAUCUCUGGCGUCCCAGAGACACUCCCCUAAUGCCAGGUCUCACUGCUCCCACAGCAACCCAAUAACCUCCUUUACCUUACUUACGCGUGGCUUUCUCAGCCCAAACAGCACCGCCACCUUCAACCAAACCUAGGCUCCGUACAUGCGAGCUCCAGGUAGAAGCAAUGCUGAUACUACCUUUUCUAGCACAUUCACCAUACUCUAUUUCACAUGCUACAUAGCGUAACUACAAUAUAAGCUAAAGUUAAAGGAGAUAAAUAAACUUACAGGAUCAGCAAACACACUCAUCUUGCAGCAUGGUCUCAAACAAAAGGGAUUCAAAUAGGCCACUCCCACACUUAAAUAACCUUCCUCUUCCUGAAUUUCCUUCUUACUUACACAUGGCAUUCUCAGCCCAAACAGCACUGCCACCUUCAACCAAACCCAGGCUCCGUACAUGCGAGCUCCAGGUAGAAGUAGUGCUGAUACUACCUUUCCUAGCACAUUCACCAUACUCUUAUUUCACACGCUACAUAGCAUAACUAUAAUAUAAGGUAAAAUUAAAGGAGAUAGAUAAACUCACAGGAUCAGCAAACACACUCACCUUGCAGCAUGGUUUCAAACAAAAGUGAUUCAAAUAGGCCACUCCCACACUUAAAUAACCUUCCUCUUCCUGGAUUUCCUCCUGAGAGGAAGUGGAUCUCUCCACCUGAUCUCAAGGAAUUAUGUACUCUGCUUAGUAGUUCCCCCUGCUGGUCCCCAACUGACAUUAUUUCUACGCUUCCAGAUCCACUGGCUACACCUAAUUGAUUCACAUGACAUUUCCUUCACUGUCUUCCUCAGACUCUGUCCCCGCACUCCGAGUUCCCCCAGGAGCGAGACAGCUGAUCUUGCUAUGAAUCCCCUACACCCCACUUCCACUGGACAAAUCCUAGUCUUCCAUCCUCUGUUAAACUAGAUACUGGCAGCUGAAGAAUCCCUUUUUCAUACAAUGCAACACUACUUAGGCAUCUAGGAGCGCCCAACCACUUCCUAGGAGCUAACCGACCUUUAAAUUCUCUCCACAACGGAUAAUGGAAUUUCAUAAAUUGACAUGGCCACAUUAACCUAGGAUAUAGCCCAAAUUGCAAACACCACAACUUCAACUUUCCAAGAAGUUCUGAUUUAUCUAUUCUAUCCAGUCCUUCAGCCACAUCUUUUCUAAAUUUCACCACCUGUUCCUUAUCAUUCAACUGUAUCUAUCUAUCUAUCUAAGCUCUUUACUGACUUUUCCCUAAUUGUAACACUUAUCACGUCACCCUGGGCCUGAUCUGCAAGCAGCUUAAGGCUUUUAAGUUUGGGAUGCAAGAACACUGCCAUCUUAUGCAGGAGAUGCACUUGGAAUUUUUUGUUCAGUAUCCUGAGGCUUUUUUUCUUCAGCGAGGACAGUGUCAUGCUGUCAGUGGUAGACGGCUGCAGGUGAUUUCUCAGGUGCCCCAACCACACAACGGUCAGGUGAAGAGUCUGGGUUUUUGAGGCCUCCAAGGCCUUGGUGGCUUCUUUGAAUCGUGCCAGAAAGGCAACCAUGUCACCCAGAGUCUCUGUGCUCAAGUUGGUGAGGCGGUGUUCUUCUCCUCGUUCCUCCAGAAGAGCAUGGACUUGUUCAUACUGGUUGUAGAUGGAGUCCAGCAUUGUGUAUAGCGAAUUCCAGCGUGUCUCCACGGCCGCUUUCAGUGUUAUCUUCAGACGACUCUGGAGAUUUGUCUGCUUAAAGUAAGUUACAAGGGACUUGCAGACUCGAUGAGAGCAGACACUUCAUCAAAGAAGUCAUCUUCAGCUGCUGGGGUACCACCAAGUGUGGUGUGUAGCACUGUGUUCAAGAUGUGAGCACCGCAAUUAAGCCUGGUAACAUUGCGCAGUGCUGCAACUAUAUUUGCGCUUCUGUCAGUCACAUAGACCAGUUUAGGGAAGAACUCAUCCAGGUUGUAUUUGUGUAGUGCUUGCAUGAUUGCUGGUCUCAAGUUUUCUGCAGUUUUGCGUAACGAACUGUCCCAUUCAGCUGUGCAAAGCACGCGCUCAAUCAGCUCCCACUUCUUGUCGAUGUAAUGCAUGGUGACACAAAGUUAACCAACUUUCCGAUAUUCAUCUGUCCAAAGAUCCAACGUAACUGCAGCGUUGCUUUCAGUCAGUUGUUUCCUCAGCUCUGGGAUGAGUUUCUCUCGAAUUUCUUCGGCACAUUUUGUGAGUCUGCGUGACACAGUUGUUGGAUCCGGCAGAAGUGUCACAGUGUCGACUCUGCCAGACGUCCCGACGUCAACCAAGCCCUGUGCCAGCUCCUUGAACCCUUCCCCACACACAGUUUCAAACGACCUGACAUCCCGAGACACAAAUUUCACCGCCAACUUGGUUAUGGCGUCCUUGGCCGGCUGGUCUGGUGUUGAGAGCUCAUUUUUGCUUUUGGAAAUGAAUCUCUCAAUUGACCCAGCAACGGCUUUCCCACAGCAGGUCUCUGCGUGUUUUCUCAGCGACAAAGUACCUAGCUUGCAGGGCUUGAAGGCUAAAACUUUUUUGCACGUUUUGCAGACGGCGUAGCCACUAACGACGUUAUUCUCUUGGUCUUGAAGCAAACCAAACUUCUCCCAGACGUCUGACUUGGCCCUCAACGAUUUAUUGUUCACAAUUUCAUAUUCACCACUCACUAACUUUGAUUUUAUGUCGUCCAUUUUGCUCAGCAGCUAACCAGCAAGGCGGCUCAGUUAGAGUGACAGUGGCAGUGACAUUAUUUAUUUAGGCGGAACUAGUCAAGUGUCACUGCUUUUCACAAUAAAAUGAUGAAAAUAGUUACCCGCCGCCCCGCCCAUGUUAGUUCAGUUCCGCCCGUGCCAGUACCCGUUAAUUUAUGCAAGUAUAUUUCUUACCCGUCAGACACUGUUUAUGCGGGUAACCCGUCAGGUCAUCAAUUGAUUAUUUUAAUAGUCGAUUAGUCAUCGAUUAGUUGACUAAUCGUUGCAGCCCUACCCCGAUGCGCACACACAGACACAUGUGCGCGCGCACACACAUACACACACACACACACACACACACACACACACACACACAGGUGAGCAUACAAGAGCGCGGCCCGGGCACUUAACACACAGUCUAUGGAGUGGAGCCUGUGUUGCGUUCAGGCAUUGUCACUUGAAUAGGCUGUAGCACAACACAGCAGCAUGUCAAGUGCAAAGUCAAGCAAAAAAAAAAAAAAAAGAGAUAAUUUUGGGGGGGGGGGGGGAUUGUUCUCUGUAAGCACAAAAAACGUACACACAUGCACAUACAUAUUGUACCUAUAUGUAUCUAUAUCUAUCUAUCUAUCUAUCUAUAUGUGUAUAUAUAUAUAUAUAUAUAUAUAUAUAUAUAUACUUUUAAGAACAAAAGGCAAGCUAAAACAAACUAACAGAUCAAUUGUUGUUUUGUCUAUUGUUACCUAAUGUAUAGUUUAGCGUGACAGUCAGGGCUUUUCCAUCUACUGAUUGGGAGCCUUUG